AUGGGGCCCCCAACCCUCCUGCUGCUGCUCUUGGGGGCCCUCGCCCUUACCCAGACCUGGGCAGGCCCCCACUCCCUGAGGUAUUUGUACACCGAGAUGUCCAGCCCCGGUGGCGGGGAACCCCGCUUCAUCAUCGUGGGCUACGUGGACGACAUGGAGUUCGGGUCCUACGACAGCGACUCUUCUGGUCAGAGGAUGGAGCCGCGGGCGCCCUGGGCAGAGCAGCUGGGGUCUGAGUUCUGGGAGCAGCAGACACGGGCCCUGAGGGUCGCUGCACCGGCUUUCCGACAGAAACUGCUAGAACUGCGCCAGGACUACAACCACAGCAGGGCAGUGUCUCACACCCUCCAGGAGAUGUCUGGCUGCCAGGUGGGGCCCGACCUGAACCUCCUCCACGGGUACUGUCAGUUCGCCUAUGAUGGCGCCGAUUACAUCGCCCUGAACCCGGACCAGCGCUCCUGGACCCCCGCGGACCCUGUUGCUCAGAUCACCCAGCGCCAGUGGGAGAAGGAAAUUCGCACUGAGCGCUUCAGGAACUACCUGGAGAGGGACUGUGUGGACUGGCUGCGCAGACUCCUGGAGACCGGGAGGGAGACCCUGCAGCGCGCAGACAUGCCAAAGACAAAUGUGACCCACCAACCCAUCUCUGAGCAUGAGGUCACCCUGAAGUGCUGGGCCCUGGGCUUCUACCCUGCGGAGAUCACCCUGACCUGGCAGCGAGAUGGGGAGAACCUGACCCAGGACACAGAGCUGGUGGACACCAGGCCUGGGGGAGAUGGAACCUUCCAGAAGUGGGCAGCUGUGGUGGUGCCUUCUGGAGAGGAGCAGAGAUACACGUGCCAUGUGCAGCAUGAGGGGCUGCCUGAGCCCCGUGUCCUGAGAUGGGAGCCCCCUCCUCAGCCCUCCACCCCCACUGAGGGCCUCAUUGCUGGCCUGGUUCUCCUUGGAGCUGUGCUCGCUGGGGCUGCGGUGGCUGCAGCAGUGAAGUAG